CCCCCAGGGAGGUGCAGUAAGGAUCUGAUCGCUUACACCAACCAUGGCACUGCACAAAGACUCCUACGUUGAGCUGAAUGAUGGGCACAAAAUGCCAGUGAUUGGAUUUGGCACCUACGCCCCUCCAAAGUUCCCCAAGAGUUUGGCAGAGGAGGGCACCAAAGUGGCCAUUGACGUUGGAUACCGCCAUAUUGACUGCGCUUUUCUCUAUGGGAAUGAGGAGGAGGUUGGACGGGCGAUCAGGGCAAAGAUUGCGGAUGGUACCGUGAAGAGGGAGGACGUGUUCUACACUGGGAAGCUCUGGUCCACGUCCCAUACCCCCGAGAGGGUCCGGCCAGCCCUGGAGAAAUCCCUGAAAGACCUUCAGUUGGAUUACAUGGAUCUGUUCAUCAUCCAUAUGCCCAUGGAGUUCAAGCCUGGAGAUGAUCUCUUUCCGGCGGAUGAAAAUGGGAAAUUUAUUUACCAUAACACGGACCUUAGAGAUACAUGGAAGGCUCUGGAAAAGUGCAAAGACGCAGGGCUGGUCAGAUCCAUCGGGGUGUCCAAUUUUAACCACAAGCAGCUGGAGCUGAUCCUCAAUAUGCCUGGGCUGAAAUAUAAACCCGUCUGUAACCAGGUGGAAUGCCACGUCUACCUGAAUCAGAGCAAACUGCUGGAGUUCUGCAAGUCCAAGGACAUCGUGUUGGUGGGAUACAGCGUAUUGGGGUCCAGCAGGGAUGAGCGAUGGAUAGAAGCGAGCACUCCUGUGCUCCUGGAAGACCCUGCGCUCACUGAGAUCGCUAAGAAGCACAACCGGACCCCCGCUCAGGUAGCAAUGCGGUACCACCUCCAGCGAGGAGUCGUUGUCCUUGCAAAGAGCUUCACCCCAGCCAGGAUCCAGCAGAACUUCCAGGUUUUUGACUUUCAGCUGGACGCGGAAGACAUGAGAAGCAUCGAUGGGCUGAACAGAAACAUGCGUUACAUCGACACUUCCAGAUGGUCGGACCACCCGAAAUAUCCGUACAGUGAGGAAUACUGAUUGGUUCCUGACUCUUCCACUGACAGAUACAGCCGUCUUUGCAAUGAGCAGAAGAUCCACAUUUGUUACUGCCCCCUCCUCUCCCCAUUGCCUCCAUAUUAGACAAUAAAGUAUUGAAUUAGUCUCCAAAAUCUUGGUUAUAUUUGAUGUAUCGAUCCGGCUGCUGAAUUCAUUCUAUGCUUGGUUUCAGUGCUCUGUUUUUUUUCUCUUAUUUCUUUGUUAUUAUGUCUUUUGCCUCCGCACAGAUUAAUAAACACAAUGCUGCCCCA